AUGACAGUUGAUAACGAGUUCCGAAAAGAAGUAUCCAAUAGGUUUGGGUCAUCUUCAUCUUUGACGGAUGAAGUUUACGAAAAGAUAGAAGAAUUGAAAUCUACAUUCAACUGUUCUGUGGAAGACGUGUUUGUACAAUGGGAAGCAUACAACGUAACAGAAGCAUUUGAUGACUUAGAAUUGAACAUAGGAAACCUUUCACGGCUAGCGCAGUUCAUGCAGACUUCCUUAUCUUCAAAGAAUAUCAAGACCACUACCCCAGCAAGGAAGCUUAAAGACGCUAGAGUUACUCGUAAUUUGAAUCACGCGUCAAGUCCCUUGGGUGCAACUCCAACUCAUAAGAAGCGCAAGACAGAGGCUGUUGCUUCAUCUCCUAAUGGUUCUGGUGCUCCUUCGUCAGUACCAGAUUAUUCAUCACCUACGAAACCAACUGUCGAGUCACAUACUAUUCUUGAGACAUUAAAUGAUACAGUUCGUUUAUCCGAAGGGUAUGUUCAAUUACAAGAGGACGCGUCAACAUCCAUUAAACCUUUCCUGAUGAUAGCUAAUUAUGAUGCGGCAAAAUAUAAGUUUCGUACGAUGCAAAUGAAGCUACUUGAAAGUGCUGAUGUACUUGAUGAGCAAAUAGAUAACGCAACCCAAUUGUUUCAAGAUGCCACUAAAAGUCCUGAAGGAGAACCCAUUCAAAUAAGUAACCCAUGUUUACCUUCACAAUUUGAAGUUUAUACUUGUGGCCGUAUAGUCCCAGAUUCCCCAGCAUAUAAUUUAAGUCAAUCAUUGAAUAAGUCAUCCUUAUAUCUCGAAACAUCACGAUUUACUGGAAUUGGACAACGGAUUCCAUUGGAUCUCACACAAAUAUCGGGGUACUCCUUUUUCCCCGGUCAAAUCGUUAUACUAAAAGGUAAGAAUCCUUCAGGCUCCACGUUUGUUGUCUCUGAAGUGUUCCCCUUACCCAAUUUACCAUCUGGAGAAAUGACAAGGGAAGAGGUAAACCAAUACAAAGAAUUAUAUCAUCAAACAGGGUUAAAGAUAGUGGUACUUUCAGGACCUUACAGUAAUUCCCACUCUUUGGAUUUCUCUAAAUUUGAAUCGUUUAUGAUUAAGUUAAAUGACGAGAUCAUGCCUCAUUUAGUCAUUUGUCACGGUCCUUUCAUUGAUUUGAACAAUGAAUGCAUUAAAUCCGGUUCCAUUCCAUUAGAAGAUGACAACAGCAAACAAAAUCUCCGUAACUUGGAUGAAGUCUUCACAAAGUUUAUUUCUCCAAUCUUCAAAAGACUUAAUUCAAGAAUACUGGUUGUGUUGAUUCCAUCAGUUAGAGAUUCGGUAGCCACUCAUUGUUCCUAUCCUCAAGAUGUAUUUGAUCGGAAGUCAUUAGGAUUACCUAAGAACGUUCAUGUUCAUCCUAACCCCAGUAGUUUCUCGAUUAAUGAUGUUUUGAUAGCUAAUUCCAAUCUUGACAUCUUUAAAGAUAUAAAGGAGGUCUUCAGUCCAGGAGAUAAUGUUAGUAGUGAUCGGUUUCUGAGAGUUACUAAGCACAUUCUACAACAAAGACGGUACUAUCCAUUAUUUCCCGGGUCAAAAAACAACUCCAGAUUUGUACAACAUAAGGAUUCAACACUUUUUGAUGGAGCAUUAGCCACUGAUUUGGUAGAUAUUCAACCUGGUGGAUCCAAUUUAGAAGUCCCCUAUUUGCCAUUAACAGAAGUAGGUGAAAUUGCACCUGACAUCAUGGUUAUACCAAGUGAGCUCAAAUAUUUUGCCCGUAUUGUUGAUGGAGUUGUUACUGUUAACCCUGGAUCAUACAUUAAGCAUCUGAAUGAAAAAGGUAAUGAUAGUGGGUCGUAUGCUAUCAUUAGUGUUGAAGCACCUUCAUUAGAUUCGCUAGAAGAAAGUGAAGACUCGCUCUUCUUCAAACUGGUGGACAAACGUACCAGAGUUGACUUUUAUCAUUCAUAG